AUGGGCUCCACGGGCAAUCCAAUCCUGGAUUAUGUUCAGCUGUUGACAACCGUCAAGAAGGGCCUUCCGUUUGGUCAACCGGUUUGCGUCCUCCCUUCCCACGCCAUCUCAACCACGGUUCAGCUUGCACAGCUGGCCUCGGAGCUCGGCCCCCACAUCGCCUUUCUCCAAGUUCAAGCCGAAAACAUCGAAGAUUGGGGUCAACACACCAUUGACCAACUCUCACAUUAUGCCAAAAAACAUGGCUUUAUUUUAUGGGAGGGAAGCCAGGUUCUCAAUUCGACAGUCAAUUUCAUGGGACGAGAACUAGCCAAUAUAGAGACCCGCAAGGCUCUAACUGACUUCAUCCAUCAUAAAUACACUGGUGGGUUAUUGAGAACCGCUCAAUGGUCGGGUCUGGCUAUUUCAUGGGCACCUGGAGUGCCUUACGACCAGCAAGAGAAGGAUCUUCUAAUUCCAUCCCUUCGCAAGGCGGCCCGCGCGGCCGUUGCAGCGACAAGCAAAACAAUCCAAACCGAGAUCUCCGCCCAGGACAAUGAGACGAUCCCUGAGGACGAAGAAGCUCCGUUGUCUCCACCGUCGCAAAAUGGCUGGGCUGAGUUUUCGGGGGAUAAUGUGGGCUACGCAUUGCGCAAGCAAUCAACCAUUUCCGUUACCGAAUCUGUUACAAUGCAGCCUCAUGUUGAAACAGAUGAGGGCAUCCCUCCUCCACCUCUCCUCGCCCGCGGCAUGACCCUCUUCCUUCCAUGUUCCGUCGACACCGCCUUCACACACGAAUUUCGUCAAAGCACAAUAGCCGCCGCAUGCGCCAACUCAGAUUUCGUGGCUGGGUUUACCUCCAGCGAACCGUUCUUCCUCAAUUACCGUGGUAACAAUCUUUUGGAACUUGCCUACGAAGAUGGUCGUGGCAUUCGGAACGAGGAGAGCGGUGACAACCUCCUCAACAACUCCCCCUACAUGGAUCAGGAUUUCACUCUCGCACUGUUUUCUCUCAUACCCCCAGAGAUCCUUCGUGAUUAUUAUGAUAACUAUGAAGAGACUCUCGAUAAAGAAUCGAAGUCUGAGCACCUCGCCAAGUUGUUCUUCAUGAUGGAUCGCGCCAUGAAGAUGCGAGAAGCCAGUCGCAAAGAGAGAGAGAGUGAACCUCAUGAUGAAAACAUCGAUCGGUCCAGUCCUGGAAUUUUCCAGGUGCCCGUUGUCAUUCUCCCUUGA